AUGAACUCAAGAUUUCUUUUUGCACUUAUUUUAUUGGUUACGCUUUCCGUCGCCAGUGCUAUUCAAUUCGAGGAAAGAGACACUAAUCGUAAAGGUGGCACCAAGUUUACUAAAUGUAAAGAUGGAAACGUGCCUAGCGUCAAAGUUUCACUUUCACCUGAUCCUCUCAAACUUCAAAAAAGUUCUAUGUUUUCUGUGUCUGGAAAAGUAAUGAGCGAAAUUACGAGUGGAUUCGUUUUUGUUAGCUUUUUGAAUAAAGAUAAGGAGGAAAGAGGUUUCAGUUUCAUUCCUAUUCCUAAAACUAAAGCUGGUCAUUCAUUUAGUGUAAACAAACUAAUUAAUUCUCCGGAUUCAAAACAAGAUAUGGUCGAUGUAGUUGUUAAAGUUGUUAAUUAUAAAAAUGAUAGUCAUUCAAUACUUUUGGCAUGUGCGGAAGCAUCUCCUUAA